AUGGCUGGCUGGGUGUUCUGUAAUCGCUGUUUCCAGCCACCCCAGGGGACGGCGUGCUUCAGCCUGACUAACUGCGGCCACGUGUACUGCGAUGUCUGCCUGCGCAAAGGUAAAAGAGAUGAAUGCUUGAUUUGUAAAGUUCCAUGUCGUACAGUUCUGCUUUCGAAACGUACAGACGCUGACAUCCAGGCGCUCUUCAUGGGCAUAGACGGCCUGUGCAGGAAGUAUGCAAGGGAGACCUCCCAGGUUUCUGAAUUUCAAGAAAAGCACAGGAGGAGACUGUUAGCCUUCUACGGAGAAAAGAUUUUUCAGUUGGAGGAGUCCCUCAGGAGGGCAGCGCUGAGGAUGGAGCGGCCGCAGAGUGUGAGAUUGUCACAACAAACGGCUUUCAGCACAAUAAAAAAUCCAGCUCCAACUCCUUCGACAAAGCCCCGCGGGCCUCUCUUCCUGCCGCCGGACUCAUCAGCCUCUGAAAGGGUGGAGUCCAUGGAAGUUGACCUUACGCCUUCCCCGAGGAGAAAGCGUGAGGUCGCCCCUGGCCUGGCAAGGAUCUCUCUGCUCAGUCCGCCGCGGGAUGGACGCAUGGAACGGGCCCCUCCUGGGUCCAUCCAGGGCACCUGUGGGGCCCCACGUGACCCGGCACAGGGGAGGCGGGCCUUCGUGGCCUGUCUCCUAGGCUUUGAACAGGAAUCCUAG